AUGGUCCCGACGUGGGAUGCCUUCGUGGAGGCUUUUAAUGGAAAGUAUUUCUACGACACCGCGAGGGAACAAAAGAUGGCAGAGUUCUUUCACCUGGGUCGAACCCGGAUGACGGUUGAUCAGUAUGAAGCCAAAUUUGCUGAACUGUCCAAGUAUGCUCCGAGAUUGGUUGAAGACCCUGUGGAUAGGGCUAGAAGGUUCAAAGAUGGGUUGAAGCCCGAGAUCAGAAGUGUGCUGAUACCAUUCAACCCGAAGGAUUACAAUGACCUUUAUGAGAGAGCGCGGAUGGUAGAGCAAGAUUUGACCAAAAAGGCCGCCGCUUCUGGAUCGCGAUUCGCACCCUCGAAUAGAAGAGAUAUUCGACUGUAUGGAUUGAUUGUGGUACCAUUAGAUGUGGUUGUUAAGGUGUUUACACCUUUAAAGGAUAACGUAAUAGCUGCUGUAAGCUGUCCUGGUUGUAGACUAAUGGUAGAUGGUCAUGAGAGUGAGAUAGAUCUGGUUGUACCGGAGAUGUACAAUUUUGAUCCGAUCGUGGGAAUGGAUUGGUUAACGAAGCAAAGGGCCACGAUGGACUGUUAUCGUAAGGCGAUUCAAUUUAGGCCAUUGGAUGGGGCCGGUUUUGAAUUUUUGGGAAAUCGAGGAGAAACCUUGAUCGUAGUAAUCUCGUCCCUAGAAGCGACUCAGCUGUUGGAAAGUGGUUGCCAAGGUUAUUUAGCUGCAGUAGUGGAUACGUCCGUUGGGGAAACCGAGUUGGAGAAUAUUGUUGUAGUAUGUGAGUUUCUAGACGUUUUUCCCGAAGAAUUGCCUGGAUUGCCGCCGGAAAGGGAAAUAGAGUUUGUGAUGGAGUUAGCUCCGGGAAUGAAGCCAAUCUCUAAAGCGCCGUGUAGGAUGGUGUUGUCAAAGCUAAAGGAACUUAAGGUGCAGAUGCAAGAAUUAGUGUUCAAAGAACUCUUAGAUCGCUUCAUCAUAGUAUUCAUAGAUGAUAUCCUGGUGUACUCGAAGAGUUCUGAGGACCAUGAGCAACACCCGAGGAUUGUGUUGGAGACUCUGAGAUUGCAUCAACUUUUUGCCAAGCUCGGUAAGUGUGAGUUUUGGUUAGCUCGUGUGGCGUUCUUAGGCCACGUGGUUCCCGGUGAAGGAAUCACUGUGGAUCCGUCAAAGAUUGAGGCAGUUAUAGAUUGGCCAAGACCGACGAUAGUAACGGAGAUCGAAGUUUCUUGGGAUUGGCGAGGCUACUAUAAAUGA